AUGCCUGGUGCAGCGUCCAUCGUCGCCGUCCUGGCAGCCUUGUUGCCGACCGCUCUUGGUCAAGCAAACCAAAGCUAUGUCGACUACAACACUGAAGCCAAUCCAGACCUGUUCCCCGAAUGUCUGGAGACCGGUGGCACAUCCUUUCCGGACUGCGAGAGUGGUCCCCUGAGCAAGACUCUGGUCUGCGACACUUCGGCCAAACCCCAUGAUCGAGCUGCCGCCCUCGUCUCCCUUCUGACCUUCGAGGAGCUUGUGAACAACACCGCAAAUACAGGCCAUGGUGCCCCUCGAAUCGGCCUGCCCGCGUAUCAGGUGUGGAAUGAAGCUCUCCACGGUGUCGCCCACGCCGAUUUCAGCGACGCCGGCGACUUCAGCUGGUCCACGUCCUUCCCGCAGCCAAUCUCGACCAUGGCUGCCCUCAAUCGCACCCUAAUUCACCAGAUUGCCACCAUCAUCUCCACGCAAGGACGGGCCUUCAUGAACGCCGGCCGCUUCGGGCUGGACGUCUACUCUCCCAACAUCAACACCUUCCGCCACCCCGUCUGGGGCCGCGGCCAGGAAACCCCCGGCGAAGACGCCUACUGCCUCGCCUCCACCUACGCAUACGAAUACAUCACCGGCAUCCAAGGCGGCGUUGACGCCAACCCACUCAAACUCAUCGCGACAGCCAAACACUACGCCGGCUACGACAUCGAGAACUGGGCCAACCACUCCCGUCUCGGCAACGACAUGCAAAUCACCCAGCAAGACCUGGCCGAAUACUACACCCCUCAAUUCCUCGUUGCCUCCCGCGACGCCAAAGUCCACAGUGUCAUGUGCUCCUACAAUGCCGUCAACGGCGUCCCCAGCUGCUCCAACUCCUUCUUCCUUCAAACCCUCCUCCGUGACUCCUUCGACUUCGUCGAAGACGGCUACGUCUCCGGCGACUGCGGCGCAGUCUACAACGUCUUCAACCCCCACGGCUACGCCGCCAACGAAUCCACCGCAGCCGCAGACUCUAUCCGCGCAGGAACCGACAUCGACUGCGGCGUCUCCUACCCACGCCACUUCCAAGAAUCCUUCCACGACCAAGAAGUCUCCCGUCAAGACCUGGAACGCGGUGUCACCCGUCUCUACACCAACCUCAUCCGCGCCGGCUACUUCGACUCCAAAACCAGCCCUUACCGCAACAUAUCCUGGUCCGACGUACUAUCCACAAACGCCCAAAACCUCACCUACGAAGCUGCCGCCCAAAGCAUCGUCCUACUUAAAAACGACGGCAUCCUCCCACUCUCUACCGCCACCUCCUCCUCAUCAAACCGCACCACCACCACCACCAUCGCUCUAAUCGGACCCUGGGCCAACGCAACCACCCAAAUGCAAGGCAACUACUUCGGCCCAGCCCCCUACCUAAUCAGCCCGCUGCAAGCCUUCCAACAAUCCUCCUCAUCCGAAGGAUACAAAGUCACCUACGCAAUAGGCACAAACACCACCACCGACCCCACACCCCACUCGCAAUCCGACGCCCUCACCACCGCCCAAGAAGCCGACAUCAUCAUCUUCGCCGGCGGCAUCGACAACACCCUCGAAACCGAAACCCAAGACCGCGCAAACAUCACCUGGCCCUCCAACCAACUCUCCCUCAUCACAAAACUAGCAGACCUAAACAAACCCCUCAUCGUCCUCCAAAUGGGCGCCGGGCAGGUCGACUCCUCCGCCCUGAAAGCAAACAAGAACGUCAACGCCCUCAUCUGGGGCGGAUACCCGGGUCAGUCGGGUGGGCUGGCCCUCAGGGAUAUUAUCACGGGCGAACGCGCCCCGGCGGCUAGGCUCGUUACGACUCAGUAUCCGGCUGACUAUGCCGAGGUGUUCCCGGCUAUUGACAUGGGUCUUAGACCUAAUGGGUCGAAUCCCGGCCAGACUUAUAUGUGGUAUACUGGGACGCCGGUUUAUGAGUUUGGACAUGGACUUUUCUAUACUACCUUUAGUGUUUCUGCUGCUGCUGCUGCUGCUGCUGGUGGUGGGAAUAAGAAUCGGACGUCGUCGUUCAAUAUUGAGGAUGUUCUGGCACGCCCGCAUCCAGGGUAUAAGUUGGUGGAGCAGAUGCCGUUGUUUAAUUUCACGGUGGAUGUUACCAAUACUGGAGACAGAGUGUCGGAUUAUACUGCUAUGGCGUUUAUUAAUACGACGACGGCUGGGCCGGCGCCGUAUCCCAAUAAGUGGUUGGUUGGGUUUGAUCGCUUGAGUGCUGUGGAGCCUGGAUCGUCCAAAACGAUGGUCAUUCCGGUGACGGUGGAUAGUCUGGCUCGUACUGAUGAGUUGGGUAAUCGGGUGUUGUAUCCUGGUCGGUAUGAGGUGGCGUUGAAUAAUGAGAGAGAUGUGGUUUUGGGCUUUACGCUCACGGGGGAGAAGGCUGUGUUGUUCAAGUGGCCUAAGGAGGAGCAGUUGAUUGCGCCGCAGUAG